GCACUCAGUAGUGUUGAAGACGCCGUCGGGGGAGGAGCUUCCAGUCUUCAACGUAGCACACGCAUAAGUGGGUGACGAUAAUGGGUUGCUUGAGUAUCAUGCUAAUUACCCUUAUUGGGUUGGUCUCUACACAAGCACAGGUUUUCUUCAGGGGAAACUGUCCCAAAACGCCUAUCAUUAAAAAUUUCGACUUGCACAGGUAUCUAGGGCGAUGGUUCGAGCAGGAGCGUUUCUUUGUGGCCUACCAGACCGUAGGCAAGUGCUGGAGCGGUACCUAUUUGAGAGACAAAAAGGGCAAACUCUCCGUUCGAAUUGACUUCUGGGACGUAGUGUUUAGCCGGCCGAGUAAGCUGACAGUGGAGGUGGUCCAGAGGAAGCCGUACGCAGAGCCCAAUCGCCUCACCUACAGGAUCCCCGGAGUGCCCGUCUUCGAAGACAACUACGAAGUCCUCGCCACUGACUACGAUAACUGGACCCUCGAGUACGCCUGCAUGGAGAGACAGCCUUUUGGGCACACGCAAAUCGCCUGGAUCCUAACCCGAAAGCCUCAUCCAUCUUACGAUGUGAUCCACGAAGCCAAACAGACCCUCACCGCUCUGGGCAUUGAUAUCAGCUACCUCAGGCAACAGGACUCUUCCUGUUACCCUGAUUAUCCAACCCAUUACCGGGAUUUGCCAAUCAGGAAAAAAUCCUCCCACCCUGUAUCCUAAACCCCAGAACGUAUACAGCCCACCUAACUCAUGGAGUCCUGUGUAUAUCUGUGAUUCGUUAUUUAAUGUUAGUUACGAUAUCGUUAGCAACGCGAUAGUGCAUUAUUUUGGACAGGCAAAGAUGGGUAUUUUUUGUGUGUGUAUAACACUGAACUUGCUGGUAUUAUCGUAGCUUUAUGUGACACUUUCAGACUGAAGAAAACUUUAGGCUUUAAACUUUAACGCUUUAAUACCCGACACCAAACGUAAUUACUGGUUAGCUAGUAAGAAGUUAGUCAUUCAGUUUCAUGCCCGAAACGCUUUGCGUAAUAGUGGCUUUAGGCAUUGUAUGUACUAGCUCCAUCUAUAUAUCGAGCAAUUUAUGUAAAAUCUCUUGUAUGUAUGUACCUUACCUGAAUAAACAUUUUAUUUUAUUUUUUUAUUUUAUUUUAAAAGAAUGUCGUGGCUGUUUAUAUGACUAUAUUACUGUACACAGGUUAUAUAAUGUAUAUUAAUUAUAUAAUAUAUAAUUAAUUUUUCCUACAAACAUUUUUGUGUUGGCUAAUCCUCUAUUUAAUUAUAGACUGUUUAAGAGUCUUAUAAGGGUAUGGGGGGGGGACCUUCGACAAGCCGCCGGCUUCAUGUCCUCGUCGAGACCAUUAGUCUUAGUGGCCCUCAGGUAAUUUAGAAAUAUUAUGAAUAAAUGUAUAUCAUAAUUUAUUUAUUAUCUUCUCA